AUGUCUCUCGCGAACCACCGCUCGCAUCCCGCCAUGUCGAGCUCCUUCGAGAAGUCGGUCAAGGGCGGCACCAAGGUCAAGCUCGCGCCGCCCAAGUCCAAGUACGUCGAGCACAUCCUCCUGGCCACGCAGUCCGGCGAGGCGGGCGUUGCCGAGGUCUUCCGCACCCUCACCCACCGUCUGCGCGACUCGACAUGGACGGUGGCCUUCAAGGCGCUCAUCAUCGUCCACCUGAUGAUCAAGGAGGGCGUGCAGGACGUCACCCUGAGCUAUCUAUCCGUUGCGCCCCAGCAGAGACUGGCCAUCAAUCACUUCACCGACGUCCAGACCCAAGGCCAGAACAUCAGAGUCUACGCGGAAUACCUGCUUGCCCGCGCGAAGGCAUACGAGAGGGCCAAGUGCGACUAUGUGAGGGGCGGUGAAGGCCGUAUGAAGCGAUUGUCUGUGGACAAGGGCCUCCUACGCGAGACCGAGGUGGUGCAGGACCAGAUCAAGGCAUUGGUCAAGUGCGAUCUGCUGCAGAACGAUGUGGAAAACGAGAUAUCCUUGACUGCCUUUCGUCUGCUUACGCGGGAUCUGCUGGACUUGUACAACGUGGAGAAUGAGGCCGUCAUGAAUGUCUUGAGCCACUACUUUGAGAUGUCGCGGCCAGACGCAGAACGCUCGAUCCGGAUAUACAAGAUCUUCUGCAAGCAGACCGAGCAGGUGGUGCAGUAUCUGAGCGUGGCACGGCAGUUUGAGUAUGCCACGAGGCUCGAGAUUCCGAAGCUCAAACAUGCGCCCACGAGCUUAGCCGCUUCUUUGCAAGAGUAUCUGGACGACAAAGACUUUGAGAUCAAUCGACGACAGUAUCUCGCGGAGCAGGAUGCCAGGAAAAGUGGCAAGUCUGUAUCUAAACCUUCACAACCGGCUUCUCGGCCUGCCACCACCACCGCCACCACCACCAGCAAGACGUGGACGCCUUUCGAUGAAGACAACAAAGCCGCGGCGAAAGCUACUACAACUCAACCCACAACAGGCCCUAAGCAAGACCUGAUAGACUUCUUUGAAUCAAUAGAUCAGAAUCAGCAGACGAUGCAGACAAAUCCCUUCCUCCAGCAGCAACAGCAACAACAGGCUCCACAGCUGCAGCAACAAAUGCCGCAAAUGACAGGCUAUCAGCAGCCUCAGCAGUCUGUAGGCUACCAACAUGAUCCGCAGCAAGCCAUGAAUGGCUACGGUGUCAAUGCUCCCUCGACAAAUUCUUAUGGCCAGCCUCAGCCCUUACAAACACAAUAUACCGGUGCUGGAUUUGGAGGCUACGGACCACAACCGACGCAGCAGCAAACGUAUACGCCGACCGGCUUUGGUCAAGAGCAACCGCAAUACGCAAACGCGCCGCAGCAGCAGACACAGCCCCCUGUGCCAUUGCAACCACAGUCCACUAAUCCUUUCCGCCAAUCCAUGAUGGCCACCGAUUCAGGAUUCGGUGCACUUGCGCAACCACAACAACAAGCCCAGCAGCCCCUUCAUCGGCAGGCAACCAACCCCUUCGCCAAGAGCACCUUGCAGUCACUUCCUGAGAACGGCCCUUCACCGCCGCCAACACAGCAGCAACAAAAGACAGCUUCUCCAUUUGCGCCUCAGCCUGGACAUCAUCCUCAGCCGUUGCAGCCACAGCAGACCGGCACAAAUCCAUUCGCGCGAAACGUGACACCAUCGCAGCAACCAGCCGCCUCGACCACCUCGCCGCUGCAGGUACAACCUACUGGCAGCACGAAUCCUUUUCGCCAGUCAAUGUUUGUAAAUCAGCAGACUGGCCAAGGAUGGCAACAUUCGCAGCAGACAACGAUGGGCGGAUUGGAAAGUCUGGAGACAGUGCCCGUGUUUCCACGACCUGGACAGACAUCACAGCAGCAAUCGCCUUGGGGAUGA